GCAAAAGUGCAAAAUGUGGGUACGCGUGUGGCCCAAACAUGGCACUUGCGAUCGUAACCGAAAAUGGUAGUAAAUUUGCAGGCAGAACUAUGAGUAAGAUACGGAUAUAGGAGAUAAACAACGGAUUUAAUACAAAAAAAACCGCAGUGUUGCUUAUACUUCCGUUUUCGUUUUCUUUGCCAAUCGAAAGGAAUCGUAUCGUAUCGUGUCUGUCUGUGUUGAGAAAUCGGGCGUGCUGUUUAGUGUACAUAAGCGUGAGCAUCAUUAAGGAAUGAGUGUUUGUCAUUUCGUUUCACCUGGUAUCGCUGUUAGGCGAAGCUCUGUUGGAGCAACUACAUCGAUGUCACCGCCACUGCUCCCGUUCCUGUAGAGAAAGAAGACUUCUUCUAUUCUAUCUGAGAGGCAACAAGCUACGCAAAAUGAAGGAGAAUUACGAGACGAGAAUCGCGCAUGGUUCUUCUUGCAAGCAAUAAAGCCGAAAAAGACGUACAGUGUUGAGUUGUUGUAUCUCGAUGUAUCGAGAAAAGGAUAUAAAGAAAAACUUUGAGAAAGGAACACAAAUACAUACAAACAGCUACCCCUUACAAGAGAAAAGCAAAAGUAUUAGGCGUACUCGCGGUGGUAUCGCAUUUCCAUGCGAUAUCCGAUCGCUUACGCAAUGUAGGAAUGUACAAUAUUGAUACAACGCAACACUGGUUUGGCAGGCACCACUGUCGAUUGAUUAAGAAAAACCCUUUGGAACCGAUAAAAGGUGAGAUGAUGAUAAAACGAGAGAUGAUAGCUAUGUGCAAUAGUGGUGCGCAAGCAAUGCAGCAAGUAGUGGCUGCAGCAUAAGUAAUGAAAGUAACCUAUAAUGAAUAGCAAAAGAGACAAAACGGUAAAACAGCAGCAUAGAACUGUUCGCGAUAGUAGUUGGACGCACCCAAGGCAUCGCUAUCGCUAUCAGCAAUAGUAAGUAAUGAGCUGCUGCUUGCUGACAGUUGCAUCGGUGGUGUCCGCGUGCGUGUUUGGUAAGGCAAUUGGCGGCAAUGCUCUCUUCGGUCCCCGAGAUAUACAAAUGAUUUACUUUUAUGUAUGGAAUAUGUUUCGAACUAUGCUCCCUAUACUCUGUGUUCAUACCGAUGUAUACCGCAAUUGUAAUUGUUUAUUGAAAAGAAAGAGGGAAAACAGUAAAACAAACUGGAAGGUUCUAAACAGGUCGAUCAGUGCUGUGUAACACCAAGCGUGGGCUAACCGCAAUCGGGGCGCAUUAAGUAGUAAUAUGAUAAAGGUUUUAUUUCAUUUGAAAUAUACAUUUAAUUCUCCUGUAA